AUGUCGUCAACACUUGUCAUCCUGACUAGUACACAAUACGUAAGCAGUAGAUCGAUUCGACGACGAGGAUUAUUUGAUUUCUCUCAAUAUGGCUUGCUUCCAUCCGAUUAUGUUCCUGGCAUGAAACUUCACCGAAAAUUUGUAAGACCGACAAACUUUUCGUUUCCUUCAUCAACGAUGUGGUCAAGAAGAGUUGCUAAAUACAGGGAACAAGUUGUUGACGGUCGCACAACAAGUGUUACUUUGGAAUUGCUUGAUGAUGGCGCAACUAUUUAUUCUCGUACAAUAACCAAACAAGAAUAUAGAAGAAAAGAUGUUACUUCAUCAGCUCCGAAAUUGGCAUGGGAUGAUUUCUUGCUGGUAUUGCAAGUAUUCAUGUUGGGAAAUAGUCAGGAACGCGAAUCUGACAUUGCACGCGCUUUCGACAUUCUCGACCAAGGUAGAAGAGGCCUCUACAAUCGAACAAUCACUUUGUCGGAUGGUCAAAUUUCACCCGAUGAACUACGAGCCUUUUUAUCAGUCCUUACCGAUGAGUAUUGUGUUGACCUUUGUGUUUUUCUGGCUGACACAGAUGGAUCUGGACAAAUUAGUUUGUCUGAAUUUACCCGAUUGGUUAAAUCAGGAUUGGCAAGAGAUAUUAUCUGCGAAUGCGUCUAA